ACCAUAUUUAAUUGCUUUGACACAAUUUUAAAGAAGAUUGAAAAAAACACAGUGUUACUGGGUCAAUCUUGUUACUAACACUUUUAUUUAAAAAUAAUUUUCUGUUUUCAGUCACUCUAUCUUGGAUUACUGCUAGGUUUCUUCAUUGUUUACGCGAUCUUCUUGUACCAAACGCGUGACAUAGGUCUGCUCUAAUCAACCAUAUGCUAUUUGGGGUUUUUUAGUUCAUUCAUAAAUUAUGACAAAUAUAUCUAUAUGCGAAUGUACGAGUAUUAAUCAGAUUGAAGCAUCAUUUCACUCUUUGCAGGAGGAAUCAAAACAAACGGAUGAUCAGCUCCAAUCACUUCUCGAUAGUCGAGAACCCAUUGAAAAUUAUAAAUCCACGUUUAAAACCCUUGCAGAAAGGUUGAUUUUGUUAGUCAAUCAGAUCGAUGAAUUAAAGCACGAAUUUUGUGAUAUCCCAAUCGUGGAUCAGCAGGUCAUUAACAAAAUCAAAGUUGUGGAUAGAGAGCAAAAUCGCUUAAAAGAAUGUCUUUUGUAUGUUCGGCAAGUGCGUGACUUUAAGGAAUGCCUUAUAGAAUUGAACCGAGCCAUGCAACGCCAACAUUGGGAAAAGGCUGCAGAUUUCGUACACAGAGCGAAUUGUACCUCUUCCUCUAUUAUUCAAGGAAAGUUUGCUUUAGCAGUUGUUCCAACCAGUGAGCAGCCACUCGCUCCUACCGAAACUUUGCAUGAAGUUAUCGAAUCACUGCAUGCACUCUUUCAGAGAGAAUUUCAAAAAGCUGCUCGUGACAAGGAUCAAAAAGAAAUAACUAGGUAUUUUAAGCUUUUUCCUUUAAUAGGAAAAGAAAAAGAAGGCUUAGAGUCGUAUUGGCACUUUUUCGGUGGAAUCAUUGCUUCAAAAGCUAGAGCUACGCUCGAUGAACCCUCAUCUCAUUCUUUUUUUUUUUCACAAGCCUUCACUGGUUUGGUAGAACAUGUUGCAAGUAUAGUCCGAGCACAUACUCCAUUGGUUCUUCGGUAUUAUAAGGCAAAAAAUACAAUUACAGUUAUCGAAAACUUACAGUAUGAUUGUGAUAGACAAGGUUCAAUCAUCAUAAGCACUAUGUAUGAUGUUCGUCGUAUCACUUCCCUUUUGAAUUCUAUAAAGAAUUAUAAAUUCCUGCUCUUGAAUGCCAAAAUCAAGCAUCGUAAUCUCCCUUCCGAUCAGCAUGAAAUGGAGCGAGUAAGUUUACAGAACUUACAUCCCUUGUUGAGUGAAAUCACCUCUAUUAUAACAAAAUGGAAUAUGUAUAAGGUGUUCAUCAGCAGAUUUAUUCACCGCCUGCUAAAUCCUGAUCCCUCUACCCUUAAGUCCCCUGAUGAACGUUCAUUUGAGUGUGCAAACGUAUUCUUGAGCUCGAAAGUUGAACAAGAUAUUUCUAACCAACUAAUACCCUCUCUACUGCAUUUAGAAACUUAUUAUCUAAAACACAGUAUGGAAACAGCUUUUGAGCUAGAGGAACAUUAUACAAGAGUUGUUCCUUGGACCAGCUCAAUUGUAGAUGAUGUUAUGUACGUUACCAAACAAGUUGUUCAGCGUAUUUUCUUUUCUGGUUCGUCUGCAUAUUUGGAUAAGUUUAUCCGUGAAAAUCUUUGUCAAAUAUUUCAAAGCAUCUAUUAUGUAUAUAUUUCUUCAAACUUGACUAAUUUGUGCGGAAUCAUCCGCGGUCAGUUUCAAAAAUUUAAAGACGCUGGGAAAAUCCAAAAGUCAUUAUACGAGCGUUUUGUUGUCCUAACGAAUAGUGCUUCCUUGAGCAAAGAGUAUUUGUGCACAGUUCUAGAUGAGAUUUCAAAAAAAGAUAAUGAAGUUUACCCAUUUUCAAAAGACAAAGAACAAGUGAUAACAACGUUGGAUAAAUUUCGGAAGGACAGCAACAUAUUUGAUAAAUUAUGUUCCUAUGCCUUUAAUACUUAUUUCCCUAUCUUCAUGCUUCCAAAAAUCGAAAAAAGCAUUGACGAUGUGUUUAUGGACUGUGAAUAUGUGCUUUCUUAUGAUGACUAUACCCAGGAACUUGCUCGCGAGCGGUCACUUGUGAGCAGGCUUCGAGUAAUUUGGAAUAGGAUAACUGCUUUUGAGGAAUUCACUCCAAAAAACCAAUUUAUACUGACUAGAAUGGCUUGCGAAAAAGCUGCUAGUUACUUGGAGCAUCUCGUUCUUUAUAAGAUUCAAUGGAACGAGUACGGUGCUAUGGCACUUGAGAACGAUCUUUCACAAUGCAUUCAUGUGCUUUCUAAAGAGCAGGUUCAACUACGUGAUAAUUUUGAACGAUUGCAGGAACUCUUAUUAUUAUUGGUAUGGGAGAGUGAAUCCGCUUCUCCGGCUCAAGUUACUGAGGAUUUGAAUCUACGGCUGCUUUCUUUGGAUAUUGUUGCAGCUAUUCAAGAAAAGAAGAAGGAAUUAGAGACUAAUGAAGAGUAAUUCCCAUGUUAAUAGAAAACGCAACUAUUACUUAAGAUAAAGGUAAUGAAGACUAGAUAGAUGAUUUCUUGAGAAACUCUUACCACACAAAGAAGAAGUG